AUGGGUGCUUGGCUUUCCCAAACCCUGCUGGGCAAAAAUUUCAAAUGGAAAUCAGCCCGAAUCGAGGGUGAAUCUGGAAACCUCGAAGAUGCGACCGACUCCCUGCUGCAUGAGAAGCUCUUGCGGCACAAGAUGGAAUACGAGCGGCAAAAGUCGCUCACGAAACGACUUUGGGUGAUGUGUAGUUUAAUGCUGAAGACAUUCUUCUUGGGCUCUUGGAUCUUUCUAGCCUUGUGUCUCUGGAUGCAUCGCAAGGACUCGAGCUGUCUGCUCGGCAAUGAGGGAAUAUUUGACGAUAUUCCUGUUCGAUAUGAGAUGAAACGCUUCCAGCGUGCUGGCUUCCAUGACUAUCGCCACAAUGCCUUGACCGAGUACGAAGGCGCUCCAAAUGCAAAGAACAAUGCGGCCUGGGAGAAGCUUCUCGCAGUUGGCGUCGUUGGGAUCUCCAAUCAUGAGGAUUCGAAGCUACCGAAUGGAACCGCGCUGUCAGUGACGAACCCGUCCGUGCACAUAGUUGAGCUGGAGAUGUUCCAUCAACUCCACUGUUUGAAAUGGCUGCGCGACCGAUACUGGGAGCUUGAAGGUGUUGUUGAGGGCUCCAUGGAUGUCCCGCAAAGACAAGCACAUUCUGAUCACUGCAUCGACUAUCUCCGGCAGGUAAUUAUGUGCCACGGAGAUGUGACGCCUAUCUCUUUCGAGAAUAAUGGAAUCGAUGCGUAUUUGGCGCAUCAUAGUACACCGCAUAUGUGCCGUAAUUUCAACUCCAUCUAUGAGUGGGCUGCGAAAAGGGAUAACACAGGGCUUCGGGGGGAUGGAAACCAUAAAAAUGUCGAUUUGGAAGAGCAUGAGAUGUUUGAUUGA